AUGUCUGUCGAACGAGGUCGAGAAUGCAUUCCUGUACCAUCUACCCGCAGAGUCUCAAGAAGCAGCAUGAUGCGCUUGGAGAAUAUCUUGAACGAUGUCUCUAUCAAUCACGAUCCAGCCCCCACUUCGAGACCACCUCGUUCUCGGAGCUUGGGAUCUGUACAUUCCAAUAGACAGGACGCGAUUGAUGUAUACAACUCUACUCUUAUCAAAUUGGUUAUCACUCAACUCAUAAAUAUACAGAUUUUCUCACCGCCAUCUCCUGGAAGCGCAACAAGCGCGCCUGGAAGAAGUCAAUCCCCAGAAGACGACAUCUGGAAAACGACUGCAGCCGGUACGACAGUCAAGAAGAAAAAAGUUAAAAUGCACAGAUGCUCCGAGUGCCAGAAAGAUUUUCCUAGGCCGAGCGGACUGCGAACUCAUAUGAACAUGCAUACAAAAGAGAAACCAUUUGCAUGUACAUAUCCAGGCUGCUUGCGGUCAUUUUCUGUGGUUUCUAAUGCCCGUCGCCACAUGCGCACACAUGGCGUCGGCGUAACCACCGAGGAUGUAGAACAACCACCGGUACCCUACGUCGUGGGAUUCGAAGAUCCGAUGCGGCGUUCAAUCCAAAGGUUAAAUGAAAAGGGAGUAACCAUCUGA